AUGCUUCCUCACAAGCUGAUCUAUUCUGCAGAUGGAGGUCCAAGGGAUUAUCGUACCCUCCUGAACUUUCCCCCACAAUUUGCAAUUUUUUCGCGAUGUUGGGAUAUAGAAUCCGUACAGGAUCCGGAGCCACCGCAUUUAUUUCUCUCCGAUAUUGAGCGUGACAAGCUAGCCUGCAAGAAGGCGAUAGAGUACGAUCAUGAGUGGCUGUGGACGAAGUCAACUUGCGCCGACCAUAUUUCCAGCAACGACCUCUUGAGAUGUAUCUAUGACAUCUAUGCGAAGGCAUCCCUAUGUUUUGUAUAUCUAUCUGACAUUGGACCCCACCAGGAUUGGAAGGAGAGCGUCUGGUUUAGGCGGACAGAUACACUCCUAGAACUGGUGGCCUCGGGGAACAUACUCUUCUUCAGAAGCGAUUGGACGAAGGUGGGUAGCAAAGAUGACCUUUGCGAGGAGCUGUCUCUUCUCACAAACAUCGAUGAGAAGGUACUAAAGGACCCCGGAAAAGUGCAAAGUUGCAGCGUGGCCGAACGUAUGUCUUGGGCAUCUCACCGACAACCUCCUGUUAAUAGACACGGCAAGCCAAUAAACGAAGAAUCCGCGUACUGUAUGAUCGGAAUCUUCCGUGUGUCCGAGUCGUUUGUUCCAGAGUACGGCGUUGGCCUGAAAGAAGCGAUGCUUCAGCUCCAGCAUGAAAUCAUGGAAGCAUGCCCCAAUGACCUUUCAAUAUUCGAAUGGACACACAGCGAUAUUAAUGACCCACGUACAAAUGGAAUCCUUGCGGGAUCGCCAUUCCAGUUCCGCUGGUGCCAUGAUGUUGAAAUAGUUAAUGUUAGGGAAACGAUAGAGAAGAUACCAAGAAGUGAAUCAAGUGAUGAGAUGUUUUCUAUCAAAGUGCACGCUAUCGCUCAGGGUCCGGGCCAGAUCAGCUGGGUCCUUAACUGCUACCACCGUGAGUUUGGUUCUCAUUCGUGCACGCUCAUUCCUCUGAGCAAAGAGCCGCCCAAAUCGCCCGAAACGACUACAGUAGGGUGUCACCGUACGGACAUUAGCAAAGUAAGCAAUAUUGAUCUUUCAUUCGUGGACAGGAAACAGACAAGAACCGGACGCCUCUACAUCAGGAAAGAUGGAACUGCCUUCUUUCGGCGGGGGGACUUUGCUGCCAAUCCCCCUGAUGUUUUGAUGGACUAG